UCGUGAUUUUUGGAAGGCAUAAAGGAUAUGGGGGUCGGGUCAGUAAGUCCAAACUUCCAGAAUUACUACGGAACGCUUUGCCUUCACCUUUCCAUCCCUCUCGAUGUAGAAAAGGAGGAAUACACCCUCUUUCUUGCGCCAAUACACUACGGAAUUCGAAGCCAGGAUCAGUUGCUACCUUUGCCCAAUUGAAGACAGAGAAAGGAAGAAGAAAAUCUUUGCCGUUCCCCUCCCCAUAUUGAGCUGAUCGAUGCUGCGAUAGAACUCCGCAAUUUUCUAGUUCGGGUCAUGCUUCACCCUCAAGUAAAUUGGGACACGCAUUUUGUUUAUUUAUUUUUCUUUGAGCAGUGAGCUCUGUCUCUCACUUUGUGGGUGAUUCUGCAUCGGGAAUUGGUCAGUACAGAGAUGAUGAUGUCGGGUGGGGGAGGAGGAAGAUCUUCUUCAACAUCUUCAACAUCCUCAUGGGCACCCACAACUUCGGUCUCGGCAUCGGGAAAAAGGAUUCAGAGGGAAAUGGUGGAGCUCAACAAUGAUCCCCCUUCUGAAUGUUCUGCUGGACCCAAGGGUGAUAAUCUCUACCAUUGGGUCGCAACUAUAAUCGGUCCCGCAGGGACACCUUAUGAAGGUGGCAUAUUUUUCCUUGACAUAAUAUUUCCGAGUGAAUAUCCCUUCAAGCCUCCGCAGGUCAAAUGCAAGACUCGCAUUUACCACUGCAAUAUUGACACUACUGGCCAAGUUAGUUUGGGCAUAUUGAAGGAUGGUUGGAGCCCUGCACUAACGAUUACUAAGAUAAUGCGGUUGUUCAAGGCAUUGCCCACUUGUACUUGGGAGAUAAAGCAAAGCACGAUGAUAUUGCUACAGAGUGGACGCUCCGCUUUGCAAAGUGAAUACGAGGAUACAGGAAUCCUUUGAUUUUUAUGUUCCAAAGUUUCUUAGGAUGACAGUUGUAUUACAUAUACAAAUGCACAAGAAUUGUGAUGAGAUUAUCACCAGAGCAUCACAAGCUCAUGACAUUGCACUUAGUACAAGAAAUAAUUACACUGAACGGGGCACAUUACACUCAAGUAAAGGGUUUAGUAGUUUGACAAUAAUAGUAUUAUUUCAGUUAACAUGCUAGAUGCCCAUCAGUUUCAUCAUUUUAAUGCAUAUUUCUAGUUGAA